CAAGCUGUGAGAUCAGGACCUGAGUUGAAGUUGGUCACUUAACCGACUGAGCCACCCAGGCGCCCCUAAAAAAAUGUUUUGAAAUAGUUUUUCUGUUAAGAACUUAACAAGAAUGUGAUAUCAUGUUGGCUAAAUAAAUGGAAAGAAACACAGAAAGUCAAUCCACUUAGGGAAAAGAAGAAAGGAGAUGCCUAAAAAGCAACUUUACAGAUUAUCCAAUCUCUCCCAAGUCUGCUUUCUCCCUUGAGUUUUUGGAAACAAAUAUGUGCUCUUUUAAUUAAUCUCCUUUUAAUUAUGAUAGCUAAGUGGAUUUUUCCCUUGUCAAAAGCAUGUUUAGAUAUUCUUUCAUGGGUUGAACUUUACUAUUAAUUGGAAAUUUUUAACUUAGGGUUUUUAUAUUAAUGUAAUAUUUGGGAUCAAAAGUUUGUGGAAUAUUAGUAAGGGAUAAGCACAAGCUCUUGUUAAAAUGUAUGAUUUUGAGAAGAAUUGGUGGCUAUUUUCAAAUUUUACAGUUUUUGGAAUGUCUUAUGAAAAUUCUACAUAGGAGUUUUUGAAUAUAAUUAGUGUCAUAAUAGCAUUAGGGUGAAAUAACAUUGACAAUGUGAAAUGUGUUCUAAAAGAGAUGUAUACCUUCUUUGUAGAAUCUUUAUAACCCGGUUGUUAUGUUCUGGUUUUUGUUUGUAUUUUAGAAUCUAUUCCAUUGCAUAGUGGAAGCCAGAGUGUUUUGCCAUUUGAUGAAAUACAUUUAGAUCACUCUGAAUUAUUGCAAAUUACUAUUCAAAAGAACAUAGAAAAUGGCUACUUGGGAAUAUGGGGUCUUGUUUAUCCAGCUCAUAUAAUGAACUAGGGUCCCAGAAAAAAAGGGGGUCUUCUACAUUAGGAGGAGGAUCCAUCUAUGAGAAUUUUAAAAUUAAUUGUGAUUUAUUGAUUGAUCUAUUCAACAAAUAUUUGUUGAGUAUCCACCAUGUGUCAGGGACUCUUAUAGAUGUUGGGGGAUGUGGAAGUCAACAAAACAAAGUUCUCAGGCACAAAAAUGACACAGAAAAGACAAAACUAAUUAUGUAUGUAUAUGCUAUAUCAGAUGGUGGUCAAUACUAAGGAGAAAAAGCAGGGUAAGAGUUAUAGGACUUAUAUGCAUUUUCCCAUAGUUUGAAAGUUUCAUAAAAUCAUAAUUCUCUGACCUUAUGUUGAAAUGGCAUCAUAAACUGGAACUAACUGGUAGUUUUUUCUUUGAUAUGAUUCAACCAAUGGGAACCACAAUUCUGUCACACACACUGCCUAGAAUUUGAAAGAAAAUCCAGAAGAAUUAACCUUUUCCUUUUUUGCUGAGGGAAUUUUAAGAAAUCACGUAAGCAUAUGCUGUUAUUUUUAUAAGAUGAUAUACCACUAGUGUCUUCUUUCACUUCUCAUCUUUCGGAGCACCUCACCCAUACUACAGGUUUUAAAAAGUAAGGACCAUGUUUAGGUUCUUUGCUGAUCUGUUUCAGAACUUAGUACAUAGAUAUCAAUAACACUUUUUUUAAAUGAAGGAAUGAAUAAUUAUAAUUGCAUGGUUUUCUGAUUACAUCAUCUCCAAACCAUUUCCAAACUCCUAAUAGCUGGCUAGAUAUCAUACAGAGGGAAUAAAUUGUAGCAAUUCUUUUCGAAGACAACGCAUGGUGGCGCUGCAGGCUAAGGCGUAAAAAAAAAAAAAAAAGAAAAAAAAAAAAAGCCCAGGAACUGCUACGAACUCUACCUUAGAUCUAUAGCCGAAGACAAAAGCCUGUAAGCAGAGUUCCGGACUGUAAGUCUUACUACUCACCAUCAUUUCUGGACAGGUUACCGACUAAGAGAUCUAUCACCGUCCCUCAGGUAGAGCUGAGCCCCGUUUCUGGAAAGCAUUUAUGGAAUUAAAGAUGGAGGUCGGAAAAGAGUGUUUUCCUAAACAAAGGCAAGUCCUGAUUCUCUUUCUCAUGUUGGGAGUGGCUCUGGCAGGCUGGAAAUCCCGACGCUAUUCCGUGAUGGAGGAAACAGAGAGUGGUUCGUUUGUGGCCAAUCUGGCCAAGGACCUGGGGCUGGGAGUUGGGGAGCUAGCCGCGCGGGGAGCCCGGGUGGUCUCUGAGGAUAACGAACCCCGCUUGCAGCUUGAUUUGCAUACCGGGGAAUUGAUACUGCAUGAGAAACUGGAUCGGGAGGAGAUGUGCGGCCCCACAGAUCCAUGUGUAAUGCAUUUCCAAGUGUUACUGAAAAAACCACUGGGAGUAUUUCGAGCAGAACUACUGGUGAGAGACAUAAAUGAUCAUUCUCCUGAGUUUCCUGAAAGAGAAAUGACUCUGAAAAUCUCAGAGACUAGCCCUCCUGGAACCGUGUUUCCACUGAAAAAAGCCCAGGACUUGGACGUGGGCAACAACAACAUCCAAAAUUACAGUAUCAGUUCCAACCCUCAUUUCCAUAUUUCUACCCGCACCCGGGGGGAUGGCAGGAAAUACCCAGAGUUGGUAUUGGACAAAGAGCUGGAUCGCGAAAAGCAGGCCAAACUCAGCUUAACCCUCACAGCGCUGGAUGGCGGCUCUCCACCCCGGUCUGGCACCGCCCAGGUUCGCAUCUUGGUCUUAGACGUCAAUGACAAUGCCCCUGAAUUUGCACAGACACUCUACCAGGUGCAAGUUCCAGAGAACAGCCCUGUAGGCACGCUAGUAGUCAAGGUCUCUGCUAGAGAUUUAGACACUGGGACAAAUGGGGAAAUAUCAUACUCCUAUUUUUAUAGUUCCCAAGAAAUAAGCGCAACUUUUGAGCUAAACAACCUUUCAGGAGAAGUUCGCCUACUUAAAAAAUUAGAUUUUGAGACAAUAUCUUCAUAUGAGCUGGAAAUAGAUGCGACUGAUGGUGGGGGGCUUUCUGGAAGAUGUUCUGUCUCCAUUGAGGUGGUGGAUGUUAACGAUAACUUCCCAGAACUAACGAUUUCAUCACUCACCAGCCCCAUUCCUGAAAAUUCUCCAGAGACAGAAGUGGCCUUGUUUAGAAUUCGAGACCGAGACUCGGGGGACAACGGAAGGAUGACUUGUUCCAUCCAGGAUGAUCUUCCCUUCGUCCUGAAGCCAUCAGAAGAGAAUUUCUACACCCUGGUAACAAAUGGGGCGUUAGACAGAGAGACAAGACCCGAGUACAACAUCACCAUCACCGUCACCGACUUGGGGACCCCC